AUGAAAGCUUGUAAUGGGUUUGUCAGAUUUGAUAAAGAUGAAGCCACAGUCAUUGCAAGUGGUGGCUAUGAGCUCAAUUUACUAAAUUUAGUGGAAAGGCAGCAAAGACGCAUUCUGCAAAUGGGUUCUCAUUCGAGGAGAACCUCAUUUCCCCUCGCUGAAGGUGGCGCUGCCACCGACGUGGGUGGUGGUGUCAGUGGUAGUGGCUGGUUCUGUUUCAGAACGGGAGAGCAAGAAACAGUAUCAGAACAAAUAAUAAAAGCAAAGCCAAUGAACCCCAAAAACACUCUUCAAAAACCCUAA